GGACAAAAUUGAAUGGGCGAACAAUGGAUCGUCUUUAAGAGUGACCUAGUCGUGACGGAAAGCGCAGAGUUCUGAAGUCCGUUCGCAUUACUUUCUACAUGUUUAUGACCGGUGCUUAACAUGGGACUCCGGGACAAUUUGCUAUUUAUGGUCAUUGGACAUUUAGUGUGCAUCGGACUCGUCGCUCUGCCAGUACUCCUCUUCUACCUCAUCGGUAGACCGUACAAGCGGGGUUUCUUCUGCGAUGAUGAAUCUUUACGUCAUCCUUAUCACGACAGCACGGUCACGUCAUCUGUGCUGUAUGCUUAUGGAUUCACCUUACCGAUUUUCACUAUCAUCCUCGUCGAGACCAUAACUUCGCGCUCGGAUGUGACCGGGAUUCUACCUCAAUUUGACAAACCCUUCCUGACCUAUAAGGUUCCGAAUCUCGUACAGAGCAUUUAUCACAAUAUCUGGCCGUUUCUCAUGGGUGCUGCUGUGCAACAGAUGGUAACCGAUAUCGCGAAAUACACGAUCGGCCGGUUGCGCCCCCAUUUCAUUGCGGUCUGCAAUCCGAAGAACCUCGAGGAGCUCUGUAAAGUCCCGUACAAAUACGUCGAGGUCUACGAGUGUGAAUCGAAGUACUCUGAGGGCCAUCUCAAAGAGGUCCGCUUGUCAUUCCCGUCCGGCCAUUCGUCUUUCUCGAUGUUCUGCAUGCUGUGGAUUGUGCUCUACCUCCAGAAGCGCCUCACUUGUCCGUGCGUGAACGUGCAAGCUGUGAAACUGCUUCUCCAGUCCGGCUUCUUCUACAUAACUUGGUACACGUCGAUGAGCAGAAUAUCGGACUACAAGCACCAUUGGAGCGACGUGCUCUCUGGAAUGUUGAUCGGCGCAGCGAUUUGUUUCGCUGUAUUCUACAAAGUGGCGCCGAUCGCGAACAGAGAUUUGUAUAGGAUGGCCAGGACCUCCGAUCAAGGUAACGGGAACCUUCCGAUGCCGACGGAAAAUAUCCCUGUAACCUAUCGCAGCUGUGAAGCAGGCGUCUCAGCUUAGUACCUUGCGGUCCGCCUUGACCACCACUUGCUAAAUCUUUCCCGUCGGCUCCCGACUCUGUCGCGGAUCCUCCCGCAACCCCCGUCUACAGCUCGAAUGUCAUUCGCUGCGGUGCAUGAUGGAUGUGAAAAAGAAAACCUGCGAUGUUCAGGACUCCUUUCUCAGUGAAUGGAGUGCAAUCCGCCACGUAUGGAAUGCUCUGGUAUUAGCGACGCGGGAUAGUUCCCGUGCAUGAAUACGAAAUGUGGUCUUCUAGAAUUUUCUUGGUCCCUGGCCUCGGAAUCUUCUUGCUUUGAAUUUCAAAUCCCCCAUGAGCGUCGUUCAUCAAUGUUCUCACUGAUGGGACGAGGAUCGGUGUUCCGUGUGAUCCGCACUAUGCCUUAUACUCCGAGGAGAAAUAUGUCUGACCGCCUCCUAGGCUGACAGAUCCUCCGAAAAUAAUCAACGAAGAGACUACCAAUAGUUGGCGCAAGUCCUCGGUACGAGCGUUUGCUGCCUGCAAGAAGUCCGACUCACAGCUCACCUAUCGAAACUUCUCGAAACCGCUCAGGAUUCUGAAAUCAAUUGGGGCGCGGACCCUCGUCCCGGUCCUAGCAUUGGAGUAAAGUGUUCACGUCAAUGUCGUAAUUCGUGUUCUGUUCAUUCGGUCUCUUAGCAUGAGUAGAUCGAAUAUAACUGUGCUUUCUGUCAUUCCUCGUGAUUCUGAUCGACCAUACGGACGUUCGCCACACGAAAUGCUUGAUCUUUCUCGGACUCGAUCAAGUUUCAUCAUGACGCUUGUUCGUUUCGCGUUCGGACGUGACAGGAAUUUCUAGCACCUAUCCAUGCGAUCAUCCUUCGCAGAGGAAUGUAAAUAGUCAUGUCAAUCGGACCGACCUCACGGAUCUCGAUGCUGCAAGCGCUUAGAGAUCCGCGGAAUCUUUGGUGCAAUUCUGAGCGAGAAGUACGUGAAGCGGAACGAUUACAAACCAGACGAACAAGAUCAUAUUGCAGAUGACGCAUCGGAGAAUCUCCCUCUGAGUACAACGAAGCAGCCAUCCAGGUAGACAGCCUCUUGGAAAACACCCCUCAUUCCGAUACGCCUAUGACCUAUGACUAAAAUCCGUUGACAUCUUGUAAAUAAUAUACAGCCCGAAGGAAUAAAAUUUUGAUGCUUGUUCAUCCCAUGCCUCCUCGAUCGGGCACAGGAAGAUGGUUCCUCGCAUCGGAAUGAUUUAUCGAGAAUCACCAAACUGAACGGCUUCCAAAUCAGCAAUGUCUGUCCUCUUCAUAUAACUCCACCUCCUCUGUCCUCCAAAUUCAUCGCCAAAACGGAGAGGAUUAACCAGUUGUUCCCAUGGAGAAUCUCUAGACAUCUCCGUAAAGCCGAUGUUCCUGCCAUUUUCUCGCUUUACGCCUCUCGUGUCACACCCAUAUAAUUCAUUCCAACGCCCCCCCCUUUAAGAAUAAAGGAGUUAUUAUUA